UGCCGUGCGGUGUCCCGGCACUGCGGGAUGUCCCGGGUUUGCGGGGUGCCCGCUGUGAAAUGCCACAGGAUCGCAGAGUGCCGCGGGUCUGGGGCUGUGCCGCUCCGGUUCUCAGCACUGCUGGGACAGGAGUGCGUUUGCAGCUGGUUUGGGGGGCAGCUGGCUGGUCCCGCAUUCCCCGGGGGCCGGGCUGGGGCUCACCCCGCGCAGCCCCGGGGUGUCUCGGGCUGGGGCUGCCCCGGCCGCUCCCUGCGAACCUGCCGCGGCCGCCCGGCCCCGCCCGCUGCCCUUCCUCGGGAGGAGGAGGAGGAGGAGGAGGAGGAGGAGGUGGCAGCGGAGCAGGAACGGCGCUGGAAGCAGUGUGAGCGGGACAGAUCCGACAGGACGGGGCCCGGCUGUGCCCCCCAGCAGGUUGGUGACACUGGGAUCUGCCGUGCUGCAGGAAUAGACCGUCCCUACAGCCUGCCGCCUCUCUCCCGGCUGUCGGACUCAUCCCUCAUGCCGGGGAAGCUGAGGCGCAGCAAGCGGAAGGUGCUGGGGGAGAAGCAGUGGCGGAGCCUGGAGGAGAGGGGAGGGGCCCAGCUGGAGCAGCCCAAGCUCACCAGAUCCAGGACCUAUGAGUCCUCCUGCAGGGAGACAGAGCAGGUGGCCACGGGCAGGCAGGGACCCCCAUCCCCUUCGCUGAGCAAGCAGGACAGCAGCUACCGCCGGGCCUUCGGGGAGCUCGCCGAGCAGGACGUGCUGCUGGGCUGCUUCUCAUGUGCCUGGCAGAGAGAAAUGCCCUACCACGGCCGCCUCUAUGUGUCCUCCCGCCACAUCUGCUUCCACUCCAACCUCCUGCUCAAGGACAUCAAGGCCGUGGUCCCUGUCGCUUCCAUCUCAGCCCUCAAAAAGACCAACACGGCGCUGCUGGUGCCCAACGCAAUCAGCAUCCGCACGGCCAAGGGGGAGAAGUUCCUCUUUGUGUCGCUGCGCCAGCGAGAGGCCACGUACCAGCUCCUGAGGUCGGUGUGCAAACACGUGCAGGACAGCGGCCAGAGCCCUCGAGACUCAGUGAGCUAUGAGGAAACCCUUGGGAAGUCUCAGAUCUCGAGCCAGUCAGCCCUGGAACAGAGCACCCCGGAGCCCAACAGCCUCCCCGAAUCCCUGGAUGAGCCAAAUCCGGGAUCAAGGCAGGCAGAGGACGAGGAUGGCGAGAUGGCCCAGCUGGUUCCCAGCAGCAGCAAAUGGGUGCCCUCAGCAGAGAGACGUGGCCUCUGGGGGAGACCCCACGCCGUGCUCUGGGCCUGGGCCACUGCACUUUGGUCCCGGAUAAAUCCCCAGCUAAGCUCUGUCAACGUCAUCAUCAUCAUCUACCUGCUGAUCAUGGUGGCCUUGCUGCUGUCCUCGGGGUACAUCGGCCUGCGCAUCGCGGAGCUGGAGCAGCAGCUGUCCUUCGCGGGGGCUGGGCCAGGCCUCAACCUGUCACAGCAGUACAAGACGUGAGGCCACUGAGGACCAUCACCAGCGCUCCAGCCGGGGUCAGGGGGUUCAGGGGCUGCUCCGAGCCCUUCCUUGGCCUCUCGGGGGGCUCUGUCACCAAGUGCCUUCCAGCUCCCCACAAUGCCUGGGAAGCCCACGGGCUGAGAGGCUCCAUCUCUCCCUGUCUGCCCACCCUGAGCAGCAGCAGAAGAGACCCAGGGAGCUCCCAGUGGGGCAGAAAGCAGGGAAGGGGGGGCUGGAGUCAGCAGCAGCCCCCAGCCAGCCCUCCCUGCCCAGAAGGAGC